AUGGCGGCGACUAAAUAUUCACAUCCGUUCUUGUGCGGUCUGAAGCCAUUUCCUGAGGAGCACGACGACGAAAUACAGGAGAUUCGGGAAUGGAUGAAGAGUCAGCCACAUUUGCCGUAUAUAUCCGACGAGUUCAUAAUAUUAUUUCUACACUCGAACUAUUACAAGGUGAAGGAAACCCAAGUCACGAUCGAGGGAUACUUCACCUUGAGGUACAAUUCGCCAGACCUCUUCACAAACCGAGACCCGUUGGCGGCAAAGAACAAAAUAAUUUUGGACAUCACGCACAUGGUAGCCCUCCCCACAUUGACACCAGAAGGCCACCACAUACUCCUCUACCGGUUGGCGGACACAGAUUAUAGCAAGUUAAAUUUCGCAGACGCGGUGCGAGUGUUUUGCAUGUUCAAUGACAUCAAGCUCUCUGAUGAUAAACUUUCAGAGGGCUACGUUGUUAUUUUUGACAUGAAGGGAUGUAGUAUUGGGCAUCUGACCAGAGUUACGUUACCCGCACUAAGAGCUUUUAUGCAAUAUAUUCAAGUGGCGCAUCCAGCACGAUUGAAAAAGAUCCACGUGGUACAUACAGUAUCGUUCAUUAACCAAGUUAUGUGUCUAGUCAAACCGUUAAUUCAGUCGAACCUCUAUAACCUCCUAAACUUCUCUUCCGACGGCCCAGCCUCAGUAGUCGAUGUAGAAUACUUGCCCCAAGACUACGGUGGUCCUUUACCAUCUGUUCAGGAGCUUCACGAUGAACAGAGGAGGAGUAUGGAGACAGAAUAUAGGGAGUGGCUGAUCGAGGCGGAAAUGUUUAAAGCUGAUGAAACCAAAAGAAUCAAGAAACCCAGUAGGGGAUUGUUCGCAACGCUCACUAGUAGCUUUAGGAGUGUGGACAUUGAUUGA